UACCAUCGCUCGAUCAGGUCGCGCAAGUUACUCUCAACGGGCCCUUCAGUUCGGAACCUUUUAAUUUUGUAGUUGUCCGAUUAGAAUCGGCAAUAUGAAACCUGCAUCGCUGCUGGCGUUGAAACUCGUGUUGAUAGUCAUUUCGGAAGUGGUAAUUGCUGCAGACAGUUCACUACUGCCGGGACGCGAUCGGUACAAGUGCGCACGAUCACCGACCACCGCCAGUGGCAGUACGAUCCAACGCGGUAGAAAGUUCUGCAGCGGCGAGCUGAUCUUUGAAGAUAAUUUUGACUUUUUCGAUUUCGAAAUAUGGGAACACGAGAACACACUUGCGGGAGGAGGGAAUUGGGAAUUCGAAUGGUACACCAACAACCGUUCGAACUCGUUUGCUGAGAAUGGAAUCCUGUACAUUAGGCCCACACUGACGGCGCAUGAGUAUGGGGACGGGUUUUUGACAUCAGGCACUGCCAGCUUGUGGGGUAAUCGACCUGUUGAACAAUGUACGAAUGCCGGUUUCUAUGGAUGCGAACGACGGGGAACGGAUACGAACAUAAUUAAUCCAGUGAAGAGUGCCCGUAUUCGUACGCUUUCGUCGUUUAAUUUCAAAUACGGUCGAGCUGAGGUCCGAGCUAAGCUGCCCUCCGGGGAUUGGCUCUGGCCUGCCAUUUGGUUAUUGCCAAAGAGAAACGUAUACGGAACAUGGCCUGCGUCGGGUGAAAUUGAUCUGAUGGAGUCGCGUGGUAAUGAAAAUCUGUCGGUGAAUGACAUUCAGAUUGGCACGCAACAGGUGGGACAGACGUUGCACUUCGGACCGAAUCCGUCGAAUAAUGGGUACAAUACGGCAACGUUGACGAAAAAUGCUAUGCCCGGUGAGGAGUUUAGCAAGGGUUUCAACACCUUCGGGUUUAUCUGGAGCCCGGACAACAUAACUGUCAGCGUAAACGGAGAGCAACUGUCGGUGAUUGAAGGUGGUGAGGGUUUCUGGAAGCGAGCCGGUUUCGAUAAGUUAAACAUGGAGAACCCAUGGCGUUUUGGUAGUAAAAUGGCACCGUUCGAUCAGGAGUUCCACUUUAUUAUCAAUUUGGCGAUCGGUGGAGUGAAUGGAUAUUUCCCAGACAGUGCGAUGAAUCCUGCUGAAAAACCGUGGAAGAAUAGCUCCCCGAAGGCAGCUACCGAUUUCUGGGAUGGACGCGAGAGCUGGCUGCCGACAUGGAAUCUGGAUAAGAAUUAUGGAAAAGAUGCUGCGUUGCAGAUUGACUAUGUGAGAGUUUGGGCGCUGUGAUAUUUUGAUGGCGAAGUUUGGGAUUUGGAGAGAAUUAUUUAAAAAUAACAAACGAUGAAA